AUGAAUAAAAUAUUUUCAAAGCCACUUGAUGAAACUUGUGAUAAUCCUUAAUUACAUGAAGCAACAAAAAUGUUUCUUACAAUGAAUAAGGAGAACCAUACAAGAGAAGAAUUACAUUAUAUUUUAUAAAGAAUGGAAGAACUUCCUUACUUUAAACAAUUUGUUUCAGAGAAAUUACAAAAAGGAACACAAAGAAAUGAUAUUUUGGAAGUACUUUUAAGUUUAUAAUCUUAGUUAUGUUCUCGUUUAAGGAUGGAAUACUUUAAAGGAGGAGAAGUGUUGUUCUAGGAGAAUGAUACAUCAAAUGAUAAACUUUAUAUAAUAUAAUAUGGUGAAGUUAUGUUGAUGAGGUAGAAAAAAAUGGAUUAGCUGAUGUUAUAGAGAUAGAAUUCAGAACAUGGUCAACAACAAUAAAUAAAAAUUUCUUAAAUUUUAAAUGCAAAGAAGUUCACAAGCAAAAUAAUAAGACAUCAUAACAUUCAUAAAGAGACAACUAUUUCAAAGGAUGAGAAAUAAUAAUUAGAACAUAAAUAUGGAGAAUGCAUAAGAUUAUUAGGAGUAGGCACAGGAUUUGGAGAGAAAGCUUUGGUUGAGAACAUUCCAAGGUCAUUAACUGUUGCAUGUUAUAGUCAUGAAUUAUUUGUGAUAGUUUUAAAGAAAGAUGAUUUUAUAACAUAUUAGAUGACAUUUGAAAAAACAAAGAAAGAGAAGUAGCAAUUAAUGUUUAAAAUAUUUAAAAGUAAAGUUAUUAAUUAAAUAAUUUAGAUGUGAAUAAUGAAUAUUCAUCUUAAAGAUUAGAAAGUAUGAUUUAUAGUUGUUAGACAAUAACUUAUGAUAGAGGAACUUAUUUAACAUUAGAAGAUGAAGAAGGUGAUGCAUUUUAUUUAGUAAUAAAUGGAGACUUGACUCUAUAUAAAAAAAUUGAUAAUAGAAAUGUGUCUUUAUGCAUAAUAUCAUCAGGACAUUUAAUUGGUGAAGAAAUUAUAAUUAAUAAAACUGGCAAUUAUGAAUAUAGUUGUUCAGUUACAUCUUUAUUAGCAACUGUGAUUGUAAUAGAUGCUAAUGAAUUUAUUCAUAAGUUUCCUGAAGAAUGCAGAUUAUAAUUAAUAGAAGAUUAUGGUUCUAAGACUUUAAAUAGAUAAAGAUUGUUAUAAUAAUUAAUAUAAAAGAAGAAAGCUUAAAAUUCAUCAAAUAAAAUACUUACUAAUGAAUAAGUAAGAUUGUUAACAGAGAUUGAUGAUGUUGUUAUUGAUUAAAAUAAGAAUCAUAUUGUUGAAAGUAUUAGAAAGUAAAAAGAAAUUCAAUUGAAUCAACAUUUUUUAACUAAUUAUUCAAAUCCUAGUGUAUAAAACUAUUGCAUCUCUAAAAUUAUAGAUAGGGAAAAAACAUUUCAUAAAUUAAUUAAGAGUUGUGAAUUCUAAGAAUUUGAUUUUGGGUAUGGAAGCAAUGAUAUUAUCAAGAGAAGAAGAUUUAUGUUAGAAAAUAAAUUAAAUUUAAAGAAACCUCCUGAAAAUUAUCUAAAACCUUAAUUUCAUAUUCUUCCUCUCACUGUUAAGAGAGAGGUGGUCAAAAGUUUCAGACUAAAUAAUAAAAAAAGUGUUUGUUAUUCUAAUUUUAAUAUUAGUACACUCACAAAAGUAUAGAAAAUAAAGAAGUAAGCACCUUUGAAAAUAAAGGAAUUGAUAACAACAGCUCGACCUUCGCAAUAAUAAUGUGAUAGCUAUAGUACACAUAUGUUUACUUAGAUUGAUGAUAGACAAUCUCUUUGAUUAUAGUUUUAUAUUAUGG